GCGGAUGCGGGUGGGUGGGAGUUUUUGGCGUUUUGCUCUUUCUUUUCGGUUUGGUUUGGGAUGUAUCAUGUAUGAUGCGGUGUUUGCACGGUUCGGGGUAUGUACCAGUACGAUACAUAUGGUGGCAUUGGUGGGCAGACUGAGACGCGUUUGGUUUGAACUUUGGGAUGUGUGGGCAAUGGAAAAUGGGCAUAUUGUACACUACACUACAAGUAUGUAGAUAUUCUGAAUCUUUACGAAUCUUUACGAA